GCCAACUAACUAACUAACUAACUAACGAACGAAUUAUUCAUAAGGAAAUGUACGUUUUUUUUCUCGUUACUGUUCUCUUGAUGAUGAAUGAAAAAUGAUGGCAGUAGUAAUGAUUUGAUAAUAAAUAGAACCAAAUCGAUGAAUGCCAACCAUUCUACUUGACAAUAAUAAAUGUGUGAAUUAAUACAGAAUUAAAUGAAUAUGAAUUUACGUGGAACAUAAUGUUUUAAGAAGAAAAUUGCUCAACAAUUCAUUAAUGACAAAAAAUACAGAUGAUGAGUAUGGAUAAAACGGAUAAAACUAAUGAUCAACAAACACAAUCUUUACCACCACAACAAGCCUCAUCAUCAUCAUCAGCAGUGGCAACAGCAGCGACAGCAACAGCAUCGAAUGAUAUUCUAAUGAGUGAAAAACAAUGUGGCUCCAUAUUAAAUUCGACGCCAGUUACUGGUGAUGGUGGUGGUGGCGGUGGUUGUGAUGGAUCGAUCAAUCAGCCAACAACCACAACUACAACAACAAUAAUUACUAAUAAUAAACAUGAAUCAAUUCAAUUAAAACCACGAAUGUCUGCAAAACUUCCUCCACAUCAUCAUAUACGAGGUGAUGAUACACAUGAGAUUGAAAAUGCAAACACUGGCGAUAAUCUUAAAUCAUCAAGACGAAGUUAUUAUUCUGAUUCUUCGGAUCGUGCAAAAUUACCCCUACAUCAACGUCUAGUCGCUUAUCUACGUAUCAAAUCUCGAUUAUUAUCUUGUAGCCUAUAUUUUCUUAUCAUUUUUCUAUCAUUAGCUGUAUUGUUUGCUGUAGCGAUUGUAAUCUAUUAUAUAUUGACCAUUUAUUAUCAUAGACAAGCUAUUUCGAUCGAUACCGACAGCUGCAUACCGAUGAGAGUAACUUUGUGCCAAAAGUUCAAUGUUCAAUAUUCAUAUACAAAACUACCGAAUCGUUUUGGUCAAAUCGAUCAAUCUAUUAUAAAUGAUAAAUUAACAUCAACAUAUUCAACCAUUUUGGGUAUCAAAUGUUUUACAUUGUUGCCUCUAUUUUUAUGUUCACAAUUGGUGCCCAGAUGUAAUAGCAGUGGACAUGCUGUACCAAUGUGUAAACAAAUUUGUAAAGAAUCCAUACAUCGAUGUAGCUUCUUCCUGGAUAUAUUUGAUAUUGAAUGGCCGGAUGAAAUUGAUUGUGACAAAUUACCGGAUAGUAAUGAUCCGGAUAUAUGUGUUGGAAAUCGUCAAGCAAUGGAACUAAAUCAAUUGGCAAAUCGACAUAUAUGCAAAGAGAAUGGUUUCCGCUGUGAUCAGACACGAUGUAUACCACCAAAUUGGAAAUGUGAUGGAUAUAUGGAUUGUAAUGAUUCAUUAGAUGAAAGACAUUGUAAUGAAUGUCGAGAUGAUCAAUUCUAUUGUAGUCAUGGUGUUUGUAUCAAUCGUAGUAAUAUUUGUGAUGGUAAACCUGAUUGUCCAGAUGGUCGUGACGAACGACAAUGCUUUCGUUUAAGUGACGCGAUGGGUUUGAAUGGCCAAGGAAAGUUACAAGUUUGGAAUCCACUGCUUAGUCAAUGGGAUGAAAUGUGCGGUGAAGAUUGGCAAGUUCCUGAACAAAGUGAAGAAGUUUGUCGUCUAUUGGGAUAUCAAUCAUCGAACGAGACUAGACUACAGGAUGAGACAUCGGUUAUCCGUAGCCGAUAUUUGCCACCAAAAUUCAAUCAUGGUCGAUCAAAUUUUUCACCAAAACGAAUUCGUUUUUCUAGCCUAUUGAAUAGAGAUGACAAAUGUAGAGAUUCGGAUACAAGUGUUCAUAUUAAAUGCCAUAAUUUUGAAUGUGGAAGGCCAUCACAUUUUCAUCAAAGACGACGUCGUAAUACAAGAAUCGUUGGUGGUGAAGAAUCUUAUCCUGGUAAAUGGCCUUGGCUUGUGUCGUUCCAUGGUGGACCAGCAGAAGUAUUUUUUUGUGCCGGUGUUUUAAUCUCCGAUUGGUGGGUGUUGACAGCCGCUCAUUGUAUUGGAACUAAGAACAACACUUCCGGAUGGACGAUAAAUUUAGGAGUGACACGUCGUACAUCAACACCUUUAUUUGUACGACAACGACAAGUAGCCAAAUUGAUUAAACAUCCUGGUUUUCAAAUGUCUGUCGAUUAUUAUUAUUCGGACGAUAUUGCAUUAGUGUUGCUCAAAGAAAAGGUGGAAUUUGAUGAAUUUUUAAGACCUGUAUGUCUUCCGGCUAAUUCCAGUGUAGAAGUAGCACCAGGUACAAAAUGUAUGGUGAUCGGGUGGGGCAAAAAAAUCCACGACGACUAUGCUGAUUAUCAAUCAGCCAUUCAUGAAGUCGAAGUGCCUAUUGUAUCACAUCGUAAAUGUAUCCAAUGGUAUGCCAAACAAUUACCGUAUCAUCCAAUACCAACAACGAUGGUUUGUGCUGGUUAUGAACAAGGCAAAAAAGAUGCUUGCCAAGGCGAUAGUGGUGGUCCUUUAUUAUGUUAUAAUGAAGAUCAAAGCUGGUUUGUUGCCGGAAUUGUUUCUUGGGGUAUUAAUUGUGCACAACCACAAUUGCCUGGAAUCUAUACGAAUGUACCGAAAUAUUUGAAUUGGAUCAAAAUGACAACGAAUGAACACGAGAAACCAAUUUCGAUUGAUAAUAAUCUUGAUUAUUUGAUGUUAUCCUGAAAAAAAUCUUGGGACCAAAAAUUUUGCCUUAAAAAAAUCGUUCAUCAAAAUCGUUCUAUCUUCGUUAACUGUUGUUACUCGAUAUGUUACGUGUUUUUUGCAUUUUUUUUUAAUUUUGUACAUUUUCAUCUCUCAUAUUUAGAUAUCGGGAAAAAACAGGAUCCAUCAAUGUGUAUGAUGAUGAUAAUCAUUCCUAAUGUUAAUCAACCAAUCAACCAACCACAUGGAAAAACCAUACAAGAAAAAAAAAUUUAGCAAAAAAAAUACCAUAAAAAAUCAACAACAUACAUACAGCAUAAACUAACUAGUACAGAAUUUCCAUCAGAUAGAUUAAUUUAUCAAAUGCUGUGCUUGCAAAAAAAAAAUACGAU